AUGAAUACGAUUAAAUCUCUAAAAUUCAUUGUUGGUAAAGUAUUGGAUGUUGUCUUCGGGCCAACUGUAUACGAAGAUGAACCAAAUAAGCUAAAUGAUGCCAUUAAACAAACUUAUAAACAAGGAAAAUUGUUAAUAUUACACGUUUAUGAUGGAGAUACACCAAAAUUUACAAGUAUUGAACUACCAGAAUCUGAUUUUUUAAUAUUUAAUACGAAAUUAACUCAAUCUGUAUUUUCGUUUUUAUUAAAUUACAAAGUUUCAAGUAUCCCAUUCUGCGGUUGCUUUUAUUGUCCAUCAGAUAAUCCAUCUGAUUGCAAAUGUAUCCGUCAAAUCCCAAGAGAAGAGGAAAUUGCUCUAGUUUUUCAAAGUUUUUUUGCUUAUAAAGACUUUCUUUUAGAUCGCCGUUAUAGAGAAAAUAAUCGUGAAAUAAUUAAUGAACAAGAUCAGCAAUAUCAAGAAGAAUAUCAAAAUCAAUUGGAUUUCGAAGAGGAAGAAUAUGCUGAAGAAGAAGAUAUACAAUAUUUAGAUAAUUUCACAAAGGAAGAAGUCGAAGCAAGAUUUUCAAGUUUACCUGAAGAGCCUUCAGAAAACGAUCCAGAUGCAAUUACAGUUAAGUGCAACAUAAAUGGAAAAGCAAAGGUUAGGCGCUUUUUAAUUACAGAUUCAGCAGCUUUCUUAUAUGAUUUUGUUGCAAUAGAUACCUUUCCUGAAAUUCCAUUAAUUAGAUACGGAUUUCCUUCAAUCCAAUUAGAGGACUACGAUAAGACUUUUGCAGAUCUUCAUUUCUCUAAGAAGGAAAUGGUUUACGUUGAGAUUUAA